AUGCCGGGCCCCAAGUCUAAGCUCGAGUCCCAGCUGCAAAAGGAUAAGCUCGUCAACUCCUACCGCGAGUUAUUACAAGAGUUCUCGUCAAAGGAUUUGCGAAAUGUCGGCAACUACAGUCUCGGGAAGUUGAUAGGCAAAGGCUCCUUUGGAAAGGUUUAUCUCGCGACACAUAAACUUACCAAUGGCUCCAAGGUACUUGCGGAUACAAUACCUUCUAUCCCCCUGGAUUUCUAUCGUGGCACGUCAAAUACUGAUACAGUGGACCGUUAUUUGCAGGUUGUCCUCAAGUCAUCGAGCCGGGAAGAUGCAAACCUUGCGCGCGAGAUUCACCACCAUCGUCAAUUCCUCCAUCCGCAUAUAGCUCGAUUGUACGAAGUGAUCGUGACCGAGAAUCUUGUCUGGUUGGCGUUGGAAUAUUGCCCAGGCGAUGAACUCUACAACUAUCUUAGCCGCAAUGGACCGAUGCCGCUCGAGAAAGUCCAACGGAUAUUCGCCCAGCUCGUAGGGGCUGUUUGCUACGUCCACAGCAAAUCUUGUGUGCAUCGUGAUCUGAAGUUAGAGAACAUUUUGCUUGACAAGCACGAAAAUGUCAAGUUAUGCGAUUUCGGUUUCACAAGGGAAUAUGAAGGAAAGGCCAGCUACCUACAAACAUUCUGCGGGACAGUGUGCUACAGUGCGCCGGAAAUGCUUAAGGGUGAAAAAUAUGCUGGGGAGAAAGUGGACGUUUGGAGUUUGGGAAUCAUUCUCUACGCUCUUAUUGCCGGAGAGCUUCCCUUCGAUGAUGAUGACGACCAGCUCACGAAAAAGCGGAUUUUAGUAGAGGACCCCAAGUACAACGAUCGGUUUCCGGAAGAUGCUGGUGGGCUCUUCUAA